GUUUAUUUUCUCUCGUCUUUUCGUGUACAAGCAGGAAUCAAAAUUUUCUCGUGAAAAAUCAUUUUCGGAAAUUAGUUCUCAGUUGUGUUCGAGGAUUCAGCAAGUGUAGUUUAAAAAAAAGUGCUGUUGUGAAGAGAAUUAGAGUUUGAGGAGAGGACAAAAGCCGGCAAGAUGCAGCAACCACCAAAAAGCUUAGGCGAGUUUCUCGUCAGUAACAAUCCUAACCCCGUCCGAGAUUACCGAGAACCACCUGAAGAAGAAGAAAUGAUUGAAGCUGAACGCGAUUUAGCAGAAGAUGCCGAGUGGAAGCGUAUCCAACAAAAUACAUUUACAAGAUGGGCCAACGAACAUCUUAAGAUUAUUGACAAGACGAUCAUGAGUCUCGAAACAGAUUUAUCUGAUGGUCUGGCUCUCAUAGCACUCAUUGAAGUUUUGUCGCAAAAGAAAAUGAGCAAGCACAACAAGCGUCCAACUUUUCGAUCACAAAAAUUAGAAAAUAUUUCAGUCGCCAUGAAAUUUCUUGAACGUGAAGGAAUUAAAAUCAUCAAUAUUGACUCAACAGAUAUUGUUGAUUGCAAGUUAAAAUUAAUUUUAGGAUUAAUUUGGCUCUUAAUUCUUCACUACUCUAUCUCUAUGCCAAUGUGGGACACUGACGGCACUGAUGAUAAACAAACUCCAAAACAACGUCUUUUGAACUGGGUGAAAAAUCGUAUCCCUGAACUUCCAAUACAUAACUUCACCACUGAUUGGAAUGAUGGAAAAGCUAUUGGUGCAUUGGUUGACAAUGUUGCACCAGGUCUGUGCCCGGAUUGGUCAACUUGGGAUCCAAAAGACGCUCUUCAAAAUGCCACUGAAGCGAUGAACCUUGCUGAUGAUUGGUUGGGUGUGCGACAACUUAUUAAGCCAGACGAAAUGACGAAUCCAGUUAUUGAUGAACAAUCAAUGAUGACGUAUUUGUCUCAAUAUCCAAGUGCAAAACUUAAACAAGGUGCCCCCAUCCGCCCACGUACCAAUCCAAACAGUAUCCCACCACCUCGGGUUCGUUGUUAUGGUCCUGGUAUUGAGCCAACUGGUCCAGUUGUUGAUACAGUUGCCAAUUUCACUGUUGAAACCUUCUCUGCUGGAAGCGGAAAUGUUGAAGUAAAAGUUCUAAAUCCCAGUGGUUCACCGGAACAAGUUGAUGUUCGUUUCAAUAAUGAUAAAGCAUUGACAUAUUCCGUGUCCUACAUCCCAAAAGUUCAGGGACCCCAUAAGGUUUAUGUGAAAUUUAGUGGGCGUGAUGUCCCUAAAAGUCCUUACAACGUCAUGGUUGAAGGCGUUGCAGGUGAUGCAAGUAAAGUGAGUGCGAGUGGACCAGGACUUCUUCCCGAUGGUGUUAUAGUUAAACGACCAACCUACUUUGAUAUCCAUACUAAAGACGCAGGAAAAGGUGUACCUGAAGUUAUCAUAUUGGAUCCCCAAGGUCAAAAAACAUCUGUAGCUGCAAAAGUCCGUCAAAUUGAAGCAAAUGUAUGGCGAUGUGAUUACACAGCUGCUACUGCAGGCUUACAUUCAGUCAAUGUUUUUUACGCUGGAAAACCGAUCCCCAACUCUCCAUUUGGUGUUCGUGUAUCACCAUCAUCCGAUCCUAAGAAAGUGCGUGCUUUCGGUCGAGGUUUACAACCAACAGGUGUUCGAGUAGGUGACGUAGCUGAUUUCAGAAUUUCUACUGAAGGCGCUGGUGAGGGAAUACCACAAGUCAGAAUAUUAGGUCCUGGUGGACAAAAUACGCAUUUUGAAAUGAAAGCAAUUAAUAACAGUACUUUCGAUGCAGUCUAUAAGCCGAACAAAGAGGGUCGUUAUCGAGUCAUGAUAUCUCAUGGUGGGCAAGAAAUUCCAAAAUCACCAUUUGAUGUUAAUGUUGGACCCAAGAAAAUUUCAUCAAUUGUUGCUUUUGGACCAGGAUUACACAGUGGCAUUGUUGAUCAGCCAGCAUGUUUUGUUGUUGAAACGAAUGGAGAAACAGGGGCUCUAGGAUUCUCUGUAGCUGGACCAUCUCAAGCUAAGAUUGAAUGCAUUGACAACGGAGAUGGCUCAGCUUUAGUGAAAUAUCAUCCAACAGCACCGGGCGAAUAUGCUGUUCAUAUAUUGUGCGAUGAAGAAGAUAUACCUAAGAGUCCAUAUAUGGCUCAAGUUAUUGUUCAACCACCUGACGUUCAUCCACAAAAUGUCAAGGUUUAUGGUGAAGGUGUUGAACCAAACAGCCUUGAAGUUGGCAAAAAAACCGAAUUUUUCAUUGAUCAUAAAAAUGCUGGAGUUGCACCCUUGGAAAUCAAGGUCAGCGAUACACAAGGUCGUCCUGAACAAGUACAAAUCAAUGAAAAAGCAGAUGGAAUCAAACAAAUUUUCUAUACACCAUCAAAUGCGAAGCCUCAUACUGUUGAAGUCAAUUAUGGAGGUGUUGCAGCUCCUAAUUCACCCUUCCGAGUUUACGUCAAUGCACCAUUAAACCCUGCUAAAGUUCAGGCAUUUGGACCAUGGUUGGAACGCCCUGAUCUUAAACCGAAUGAGCCAACACAUUUCAUUGUUGAUGCUAGCGAUGCUGGUCAAGGAGCUCUUGAAGCUACUGUUAUCAAUGAUAUAACGAAACAGCCUGUGCCAGUACAGAUAAUUGAUAAUGAAGAUAAUACUUAUACUGUUGAGUUGACCCCAGAUUUAGCGGGAACAUAUACGACAAAUCUAACUUAUGGUGGCUUGAAGGUUCCACUCACAAUGAAAUCAGUAAUCAGUCCAACGGUUGAUGUAUCUAAAGUUCAAGUUGAAGGAUUGGAAUCAACUGCCCCAGUCAACAGUCUUCAGCAAUUUAAAAUUAUAACAAAAGAUAAGAGCCCGGGUGAUUUAUCAGUAACAAUUACAAGUCCCUCUGGCAAUCGUCUCAAAGCACAUAUCAUUAAUACUGAAGACGGUUUUCUCGUAAACUUCACUCCCACACAAAUUGGAGAGUAUUUAUUUUUUGUAUCAUUCUGCGGUACGCCACUUCUUACUGAACCUUAUCUUAUUGAAUGUGUGAAAAAAAGUGAUUCAAAUAAAGUGUUUGCAACGGGAAGUGGUCUUCAUAGUGGAAUCGUAAAUGAAUUGGCCGAAUUUCUUAUAGACACGAGAGCUGCUGGUCAUGGUGCUUUAGGUGUGACCGUUGAAGGUCCCUGCGAAUGUCAUCUCAAUUGUCGUGAUAAUGGUGAUGGCACUUGUAACAUUGCUUAUUGGCCGAUAGAAUGCGGAGAUUAUACAGUAAAUAUAACAUUCAAUGAUCGUCAUAUUCUUGGUUCUCCAUUCCAAUCCAUAAUUUAUCCAACGCCAAAUCUAGAGCGUGUUAAAGUCUCAGGGGCAGGAAUUGAGUUAAAUGGUGUUGUUAUGAAUGCACAAACAGCUUUCAACGUUGACAUGAGUAAACUUGGACAAAAAAUCGAUACAAGCAGGUUAUCGUGUGCCAUCACAGAUCCAAAAGGAAAAAUUAUUCCUAGUAAAAUAACACGGACAAAUGAAGUUUUCAAAAUUCUCUAUACACCUUUUGAAGCUGGUAGACAUACAAUUGAAUUGUGUUAUGAUAAUAUGCCAGUUCCUGGUUCACCAUUUGUAAUUCAUGUGAAGAGUGGUUGUGAUCCAUCUCGAUGCAAGGCCUAUGGCAAAGGUCUUGAAGGAGGUGUUAUGAAUCAAAAAGCGAAAUUCACAGUAACAACAAGAGAAGCUGGCAUUGGUGGACUUUCAUUUGCAAUUGAAGGUCCAAGUGAGGCCAAAAUGAGUUGCGUAGAUAACCGUGAUGGCUCUUGCGAUGUAGAAUUUCUUCCAACUGAGCCUGGAGAGUACGAUAUUACUAUAAAGUUUGCUGAAAAACAUAUCCCCGGUUCACCAUUCAAAGUUUUUAUUACUGGAUCAUCACAACAAGUGCCAACAGGUGACUUUAGAAGUGUAAAACUGUAUGGGCCAGCUGUUGAAACACUUCAUGUUUAUGAAGGUAUUCCAGCAAGUUUCUUUAUCAACGUUUCUGAUGCAGGUGCUGGCUUAAUUGGUGUUGAAAUGACGUCAUCUGAAGGUGGUGCUGUCGAAAAUUACGAAGUUGAAGAAAGGGGCGAUGGAAAUUACAUGGUGACUUUUAUCCCUCCAAAACAAAAUACAACAAUCACUGCGAAAGUUUCAUUUGCUAAGAACAACGUUCCUGGUUCCCCUUUUACUAUGAAAGUUCUUCAACCAAUGGCUGUUAAAAGCAGUAAUAUUGUAAUGUCUAGUGACAUUACGAAACAACCUUUACCAGCUUCAGUUCCAGCUAAGUUUUCAAUUGAUACAAAAGCUAUUGGAAAAAGCGUUAAUUCUAAGGACAUUAAUGUUUUCAUUAAAAAUGCCCAAGGAAAAUCAAUAAAUGCUCAACUUGAACAAGGAGCAGAUGGCAAAUUUCACAUUAUUUUUGUUCCAGAAGAAAUAGGAAAUCAUAACAUUUCAGUUCAAUAUGCUGGAAAGGAAAUCGAAGGAUCGCCAUUCAUUUUACAGUCAGCUCCAACUGGAAAUGCUAACUUGUGUAAAUUUGUUAACACUGCUGCUGAAAAAGUAAUUUUUGGAAAGAAAAAUCGUCUGACAGUUGAUGCAAGAGAAGCAGGUACAGGAAAUGUAACAUGUACAAUCAAAUUGACAAAUGGAAGAUAUAUUGACACUGAAAUCGUUGAGAAAGAUGGAUUCUUCGAUAUUUUUUAUCUUCUACCUGAACCUGGUACUUAUGAUGUUGAUGUUAAAUUUGGUGGGAAACAAGUCCCGAAUGGUCUCAUGAGAAUGACGGUAAAAUAAUCAAACUACAUAUUUAUUUCUAUGCUGAAUUUAUUUCCAUGGUGGAGUUCUAUCUAAAAUAAAUCAUCGUGAAUUAAAAUUAAUAUGGAAUGAGUUAACUUUAUCUAAAUAUUUAUUUAAAAGCUAUGCCCAAGGUGCUCUGAAAGAUCUUAUUCUUAUAUAAUUUUCCACGUUACUUAUAGACAGACAAACUUUUAUCCAAUUUGUUUAUUUUAUUUAUUUAUUUAUGGUUGUAUUAUUUUAAAUAUGUUAUUUACGAAAACAUUUGAUUUAUUUGAAAUUCAAAUAGCUAUGGGCAGGAUUUCUAUAUAUUUGAAAUCAUAAACACUUUAUAUUAAUAACUUGGGUAAUUUUUUUUUCUAAAAAGUGAUGAAAUUUGAAAGAAAGAUAUUUUUUCCAUUGUUAAUGUCCUUCGUUAAAAUUUUCAUUUAUUUUUUAGAUUCAAUGACAAAAAAUAUUUAUGAUAUCUACUUGUGAAAAUAAUCUGAUAAUUAAAUUUAUUCGGAAAUAUAUGAUAUUUAUUAUUUUGUUGCAGAAACAUACAAUCUUCUUUUUUCUGCAUGGAAAAGGUUUACCUGAUAAUUUACUUUUUUAACUUAUUUCUACAUAAAUGUGUUUAGUUAAAUUCAAAAAAAACUAAG